GAAGGGGGGUGCAGGAGGGAAUACGACAGAGGAAAAGGAGGGGAAUAUAGAGAGGGCAGAUCUAGGACCCGUCUAAAUUGUUUACCCCUAUCGUAAUCUUAGCACAUGGAGAAAAAACUGACACCAGAUCAGUGCACUCUCUGCGGCCCGUUCCACACCACACCAAUCGGGACGUACACUAUAGAGAGGAAAUCGUGUUCCUCGCCAGUCCGUACACGCCACUAGAAUUCACUGAACAUACUGCGAGAAAAAGAAGGGUGAGAAAAAAGGCUUAGGAGAAAGAGAAGGUGAAAGCAAAGAAGGGCUUAAAAAUAUAUUUGGCUGGGAGCGGAGGACGCAUUGGCUUCGCAAGGAGAAGAUUAGUGAUUCAAAUAAUUUCCUAACAUUUUCGAUAUUCGGCGAAGAUAGAAGUAUCGUUAGCUAGCUAGCGGAAUGUGUAGCUAGCUAAUUAGCAAGGAAUUGGUGUUUUGUAUUUACUUGGUUUACGUGUUCUAUUGUGACUAUUUUUCUAACGCUAGUAAUCGUGUGAAAUGUGCACGAGCCACACAUGGUCAUGGUGUUAUGUAUUGAUUAGACAAUAACAAUCUUGCUAGCGGUACAAUACAUUUGGCCAAGAAGACCAGCUACAAUCAGCUAUUUGCACAUUCAAGGAAUAGCAUUACUUAUCCCAGAAUAGGGAAGAAGUAAAAGGUUUUUUAAAAAAAUAGCUAGACUUGUAAGUGUAGACUAUCUGCCGUCCAAUGUUAAUGUCGACUGACGUCGCAUCCAUAAUGUUACCCGUUUCUCGGGGAAUGAUGGACCGGGAAAAGGACAUUGAUACAGCAACUGGACCCCACGCGAACACGACCGGGGGUCCAGCAGCAAUCGUCCGGGGAAUGAAACGAGGGGAUCCUGAGCAAACAGUUGCAGCUUUGACCGAAUUAGCAGGAGCAGAGUGCAAACGGCCAAGGAUAGACGGGACGGUGGGUGUUGGUGACAUUGGACAGAACAACGACCCUUUAACCCCAGGUUUCCUUGGAUACCCACCUCACAGCCAGGGUUCUCAAGAUUCAACGGGGGGCCAGGAGGGGCUGGUGCCCCCGCCCUUCUCAGUGUUCCCUCCACCACCCCCUCCGCAGAAUGGCCUGGGGACAGAGUUUGUCGGUGCUUUGUUUGGUGCUGGUGGACAGGGGCCUUCGGAUUCAGGGGCUGGAACAAAUGGCUCAGCCACCACUUCCAACAUCUUACCCACCCCGCAGACAGAAGUGUCCCCGGGUCAGGUAGAUGGAGUGGGGCAGUGCGUGGCAGUAGAAUUAGCAGGAGUAUCCGGGGCUGACUCCGCAGAGGCCAAAGGAACCCCAAAACGACUUCACGUCUCCAACAUCCCCUUCCGCUUCCGAGACCCUGACCUCAGGCAGAUGUUUGGGCAAUUUGGGAAGAUUAUUGAUGUUGAGAUAAUUUUCAAUGAGAGGGGCUCAAAGGGCUUUGGCUUUGUCACGUUUGAGACCAGCGCCGACGCAGAGAAAGCCCGGGAAAGGCUUCACGGCACGCUAGUGGAAGGUCGCAAGAUAGAGGUUAACAAUGCCACGGCCAGGGUGAUGACCAAUAAGAAGAUGGUCAGCCCCUACCCCAACGGAGAGGCCCUUAGCACCCUGCCAUAUGCAGGGUGGAAGCUAAGCCCAAUGGUGCAGGCCAUGUACGGACCAGAGCUCUAUGCAGUUCCUGGGUUCCCCUACCCGUCUGCGGCAGCGGCAGCCUCCACGGCAGCUGCGUUCCGUGGUGCCCACCUUAGGGGCCGGGGAAGGCCAGUGUACGGCGCUGUGCGUGCGGCGGUGCCGCAGCCUGCCCUCCCUGCCUACCCUGGAAUAGUGUUUCAGGACUCUGUCAUUAGUAGCAGAUGGCCUCAGGGAGGCUAUCCUGCCGCUGCCUAUCGCUUUGCUCAGCCUACUGCUGUAACCGGGGCAACUGCUGCCGCGGCAGCUGCUGCUUACAGUGACAGUUAUGGGCGAGUGUACACUACAGAUCCCUACCACGCUCUAGGUCCUGCUGCAGCUGCCUAUGGAGUCGGUGCCAUGGUAAGAGCCCCCCAGCCGCAACACUACAACAACAGGCUGGAAACUGAGUUAUCUUCACUUUAUGCCAGUUUAUAUCGGGCUGGAUACAGUAGGUUUGCGCCGUACUAAACAGCACUCGCACCACGGAAUUCCACAUUUCUGAACCUCUUCAUUUGGAAAGAGCUCCCCUCCAUUUUCUACGGGUGGUAGUAUUAACCCAUGUGUUUUGGAAAAAGGUCAUCCACUCAAGAUAAACUCAACUGUAACUCGGCUUGCUUCAACGGUCACACUCAGUGACAUAGUAAUGGAUGAAUGAAAACUGCCUAUGAAUUUCAAGACUGGCAUCAAUAAUUGAAGACAACUGUGGGAAGAACAAGAAUGGUUCCAUAAAAAACACUAUUGGACAUGAAUGGAGAAAUUGCUGCCCACCAGUAACUUUUUACACUAAAUCACUACAAACCUUUGCUCUUGAUAGUCUGUGGUAAUAAUACUCAAAUCUAAAAUGCACACAUAUGUACACAGCUCAAUGUGUUAAUACGACCUAAAAGUAGGCCAUCACUAGCGUGAAAUCUUAGGUCCUUUAUAUGAAACACUACAUUGACAACCUGCCCAGUGGAGGAAUCCCAUCAGUUAAACAAUGAACACAUCCAAGUUGUUUUUCUAAAGAACCUGUUCAACUAAAAGGUGAAUGGCACGAAGAAACGCAAAAGUAGCAAAAAGUCCAUAAUCUGAACUACAUAAACUGAGCGACGACGCAGUUAAAUCUAGGUAACAGCUGUUGCUCGGAAAAUGAUUAGAGAAAUCCAAACAGUCUACCAUUACAUUACACCACCAACCCAACUGUAAAGGACAACAAAACGAUAAAUGGUGUGAAAAUGACAAGGAAAAAUAAACAAAAUUACUUGUUUUUGUUCUGCAUUACCUCAGUUUUUCUUUUCUAUAAUUAUCUAUGAAAAAGCAUUGCUUAAAGUUAUUAUAUAAUGUGGAUGCAAUGAAAUUACAUCCACUAUCAUCAUAAUUUUCCCAUUUUCCAGUUGAUUAAUACUGUUAUUGCUGGUCUAAGUAUUAUGAUUAUGAUUCUUACUGUAGUUGAAACUAUAAUGACACACGUCUUUUGAUCUGUAUCAUGUAUCCUUACUAUUAUAUACCUACAUUGUCUUCAUUUUUCCUUUUGAGAAUAUUGUACAACUCAUGCCUGCUCAACACAACUCUGUGUACAUGUUCUCCUUACUAGACUAUAUGACAUUCCAGGUGUAGCAUCAGAAUGGUGACUGAACGGGGUAAAAACAUUGAAAGUGUCUGGGCAUAGCUAACAUGCUGUAGAAACCGGUCAUGCAAGCUGGACCCAGCCAUUCACAGAUAAGAAUGGAAUUCUUAGGGGUUUGAGGGAACAAACCAGAUGGUAGAAAACAUGAGAGUUACAAACACUGCAAGUUGAUGUUACUUUUGGUUUCACCAUUUUUAAUAUAUAUUUUUUGUCAAGUUGACACAAAUACAGACACCUGGGAAGUGAAACAACGUAAUGUUCACCCAAUGCAUUCUUCCUCCUAUGUCUUCGGGAAUGUUCUAGUCCAGUAUGUAUUAAAGUCACUGCCUCAAUGCUACUUUAAGGUACAGGAAGUGGCCAACAAAAAUAUAUAAAUAGUCUUUGACCUAUUAUGUAUCUCCAUAUACUCUGAAUAUGUUAUUGCUAUUGUUUGUCUUUUGGUUCCAAAGAUUCUCUAAAAGCACAUUUGUUGGUCAAGUGUACACAUUUAUUAUACUUUUUCUGAUUAUUCUUGCUGUUAUUUUAGCUCUUUUUCUAUUUUAUGGUGGGUUCAAAGUGCUCCCUUCAGUUUGCUGAUGGUGGUGUUUUAAAAGCACCGUGUCCUAGAACAUGUUAUCUGAGAAGUGGAGAGGGAAGAUGGGGGCAAACAUGAAUUUAUUUACAUCAUUUUAUAGCAACAGAUUAACAGACUUAAAAUCCCCAAAAUACAUUUGGGAACUGUUGGUCUUUUAAAACGGGGCUGUUGAAUGUGCCAUGGGGUUUGGAUGAAGUUGUCCCAGGCAGAUAAAUCAGUGGAAAAUGUUGGGUUAAAUAUAACAUUUAGGAGUCCACAGUAGACUUGAGAGGGGAAUUUGGCAUUUUGAUACAGAAUAAAUGUCAGACUAGAGUGAGUGUGAUGGUGAAACAAAGUGUUCUAUUCCACACCAUUAUAAAGAGCCCCACAUGCCUCCUUUUUCCAGUUGGGAGUCAGUGUGUAGUUCAGGAACAGUUGUAGGGUGGAGGACCCAGGUAGAGAGCUGAGCCAUAAACCACCUGUUGACAUGAUGAUUACCAUGUUACUAGCUGUGUUAUCAGGCCGGCAGGGAUGCAUACAGCCACAUUUAGUUAUUCUGUUGACAUGAUGAUUACCAUGUUACUAGCUGUGUUAUCAGGCCGGCAGGGAUGCAUACAGCCACAUUAGUUAUUCUGUUGAGUAUUUAUGCCAUGAUAUCGUGACAAUAAGAAUUUUGAACUUCUCUUAAGUAUUAAAAGUAUCAGUAUGCAUGUUUUUGUGAGAAGGACAGGGUCAAAAGUCAUUUCAUUUGUUGCAUGAAUCAAAAACAAUUUCUAUGGAAAGGAGGUUAUGUGAAAUAUGAAGGCAGGAUUGAGAGGCGUUUCAACAUAGUCCAUUUGAGUUUGUUUCUAGUUUGGGGGGAAUAAUAUGUAAAAUACUGCUUGUUUUGUUAAGUUUAUGCCUGGGUUAUCUAUGUUCUUCUGUGGUCAUGGUAUCAUUUGAAUUACCAGUUAUAUCCCUUAGUUCCAUUUUAAUUUGGCAUGUUGAACCCCUGCAGUUCUUCUUUUGAAGUAUGUUAAGUAAACCAAUGAUGUUGUCCCACCAUGCACACAGCAGUCCAGCACAGACUGAACUGUUGUCCCACCAUGCACACAGCAGUCCAGCACAGACUGAACUGUUGUCCCACCAUGCACACAGCAGUCCAGCACAGACUGAACUGUUGUCCCACCAUGCACACAGCAGUCCAGCACAGACUGAACUGUUGUCCCACCAUGCACACAGCAGUCCAGCACAGACUGAACUGUUGUCCCACCAUGCACACAGCAGUCCAGCACAGACUGAACUGUUGUCCCACCAUGCACACAGCAGUCCAGCACAGACUGAACUGUUGUCCCACCAUGCACACAGCAGUCCAGCACAGACUGAACUGUUGUUUCCAAUGCCUUGCAUUGUAGCAUAAGACUGCUCUAUGGCACAGCAACUGACCAUCCCUCCAUAACCUUCCACUUGUUACCCAGCAGUGGAGAGACUCCCAUGUGCCCUCUCACGGCUGCUGUGAUCACCUUCGACCCAGCGGUGUGUCUCUUACCCCUGCACUGUGCUGAAGUCAACCUAGUGGGAGUUGUUGGACCGGGAUUUCAUAUGAGUUGGAAUUGCAUGUGACUUUUUUUGUUUUCACAUGUGCAUUGCUAAGCUCAUUGAUCCAAGUGAUAUUGUUUUUAUUUUCUUCAAGUGACUUGUGUAUUUCUUUUCAUUUUUUUCCAUCUUCAUGUUUGCCUUCUAUUUCCUGUCAUUGUUAUUGAAUGUACAUAAUAAACGGUUUGGUUUUUA